UCUUUCACGUCUGUCUCCUGGCUCAAGAAGCGCAGUCUCAUACCUGGUCUUACGUUCUCCAACGAGCUCAUCAGUCGUGAUGAAGGUAUGCACACCAAUUUUGCUUGCUCUUCAUUAUGCUAUCUUAUGCUGACUGUCUCGCUAGAUGCUCUCCCUGUUGGCCUCAUUGGUAUGAAUGCCAAGCUCAUGUGCCAGUACAUCGAGUUUGUCGCAGACCGUUUGUUGGUGUCGCUAGGCAUUGAUGAGGUGUGCAAUGACACAAAUCCAUUUGACUUCAUGGACAUGAUCUCACUACAGGGGAAGACCAACUUCCUCGAACAACGUGUGUUGGAUUACUCGAAGGCGAACGUC